UGCUUGCGUUACGAGCCUCUAAAAUUGUGUGCCUUCUCGUGAUCAUUUUCUGUGCGUUCGUUCUUAAACGGUUUUUGUGCAUUGCAUAAAAAGCCCUCACGUGGCUUCUAAGCUCUUGGAUUAAAUUGUAGAUUUUGUGGUAAAUUUCGGAUUCUGAAGAUUCAUAAGUGAAAAAUAAUACUAAAAUAAAAUUAGCGUUCAAAAACAGGGAUUGGUCCUUGCGAAUUUAUCCUGAAAAUUGAAGGUUAGCAAAUUUUACAAUAAACGUGACCCAGUGAAAAAAUCAUGCGAUAAUUCUGCAAUUAUUAGAACUAGUAAUUGCAGUAAUCCGCGACCCAUUAUGGAAAACCCCUCGACCAGCUCGGAUAUCCCGAAGCGACACAGUCUGACUGUGUCCAACGAAAGCGAAAGUGCAACGGUUAAACUGUCCGAUUCCCGUACUCCUUCGCCGCAGCUUCCACAUAAGGGGCCGAAGAAAGUUUCCUUCUCGGAUGAGCUGCCACAGGAGUCCUCGACCUCCUCAGAAACCUCUGCACCUGACUCGACCUUGACCCAGAAAAGUGAAAGUGUGAAACAAGUCCACGGUGACGUGAACCCGUUUGUGUUUGUGCUUCAGAAAAAUGAUUCUUAUUUGAAUAACCUUCAUCAGAUGGAUCCUACGCCCUCUGCCGUACCGUUAACCAAUUCGGACGUAUUUCCAAAUCAACGCCGGGCCUCGGCCAAUGGUUCAGGUGAAAGUGAAACCGUGGUUGACCUUGAACCUAAGCCAUCGGCAUCGAUCUUGAAGCCCAGUGACCCAAUUCCGGAGCCACCAGCAACUAAGCCGUCUUUUGAUCCUAUUUCCGCCGGGUUGGUAAAUGAUCUGAAAACCCAACGCGAUCUAGUGAAAGCAUCUGUGACCCCGGCUGGAAAGAAGAAAAACUUGGCUGACAGUGACAAAAUUGAGAAAAGUGUUCAGGGAGACAUGCCGCCGCCGAUUGUCAGUGCCAUGGAACUGGAAGUGAAGCGCGACAAGCGCCGUUGGCUGUUGAUUUCGGAGCUGAGUGCGAUAUUCGGCGAGGAGAAGCACACCGUCGACGGAUUCAAGCGGAUCUUCCGAGAACAGACCUUUCUUCAAAACCUGUUUCGACUGUUCGAUAUGGAUAAUGAAAAUUGCUUAGCACAGGACAAGUGGAUCGAACAUAUAAAAGGACGAUUAACUGAUGAGAAACAGAUGGACUUCGCUGAACAAAUGGAAUCAGUGGCUUACGUGCUCUGCGGAGAGGGAACAGUUUCCUAUGAAAAAUUUUGUCAAAUAUGGCACGCCAAAGGAAUCUUGGAUAAACUCUACCGCCUAAUUGACGUUGACUCCACCAACCUGCUGUCGACCAAUCAAAUUAUGGAAUUCAUCUCCAAUCUCACAAACUCACGGCCCCGAACAGGAUUCGACAAAACGUCCCUGGAACGGCUGGAGCAGCUUUUCGUCAAAACGGUCGGCAACGAAAAGGAAAUUCGACGAGAGGAGUUCAAGAAAAUUGUCACAUCUAAAAAUCCCUUCUUCACUGAGCGUGUCUUCCAGAUCUUCGAUAAAGAUAACUCCGGUUCCAUCUCUCUGCAGGAGUUUAUCGAUGCCAUUCAUCAGUUCGCGGGACAGUCUCCAGAGGAUAAAAUUAAAUUUUUAUUCAAAGUAUAUGAUUUGGAUGGUGACGGUCUGAUACAGCACCUGGAGCUGCAGCAUGUGAUGCGCGCCUGCAUGGAGGAGAACGGGAUGAGAUUCUCCGAAGAUCAGAUCGAGGACCUGACGAUGGCAAUGUUCGAAGAUGCGGACAAGUUCAACCGAGGGGCCAUCACCUACGAGGCGCUCAAAAAUCAACUGGAAAAGCACGGUGGCUUGCUGGAGAACUUGAGCAUCAGCAUCGACCGGUGGCUCGUUCCGCUUCCGCAGGAGGACUCCGCCAGGAAAAAGCACAAGAAGAAACCGCUGCCCCACCAGCUGACGGCGCCGUACAUUAAGAAUAAUUACGUCUUCCUUUCGUUUCUGUCCGUCUUCAUCCUGGUCAACGUGGGCCUGUUCGUAUCGCGUGCGAUCCAGUACCGCAAGAGCAACGGAUUUGUCAUCCUGGCGCGAGCUUGCGGUCAAUGUCUCAACUUCAACUGUGCCUUCAUCCUGGUGCUGAUGCUGCGGCAAAGUAUCACGUAUCUCCGCAAUAGAGGUUUUACUGCCAUUUUCCCACUGGAUCAGCAUAUCUAUCUGCACAAACUGACCGGCAUGCUGGUGGCCGCCUACAGUCUCCUGCACACCAUUAUGCAUCUGUUCAAUUUCACAACGAUCGUCGUCAACGAUCCGGUGAUCAACGCGAAGAACUUCACCACCGCCGAGUGGCUGUUCACGGCCCGGCCCGGUCUAUUCGGGCUUGUUGGGGGUUGCGCCAAUCCAACCGGAAUCGCGCUGUUCUUCAUCUUGCUGGUGAUGUUCAUCUGCUCGCAGCCGUUCGUUCGACGUGGAGGCAGCUUCGAAGUUUUCUAUUGGACCCAUCUGUUGUACGUGCCAUUUUGGAUUCUGGUUAUCUUCCACGGACCCAACUUCUGGAAGUGGUUUAUUUUUCCCGGAUUCAUUUACGUGGUUGAGCGAACUGUUAGAUUAGUUUGGAUGCGAACAGAGCAUGGAAAGACGUAUAUCUCGUCCGGGUUGCUGCUACCCUCCAAGGUCACUCAUCUGGUCAUCAAACGGCCAUUUCAUUUCUGCUUCCGGCCUGGCGAUUAUGUGUUCGUAAACAUCCCAGCUAUUGCCAAGUACGAGUGGCACCCGUUCACGUUGAGUAGCGCACCAGAACAGGAAGACUACAUCUGGUUGCACAUCCGAGGUGUUGGCGAAUGGACCAACCGGUUGCACAGCUUCUUUGAACGGGAACAGGAGCGCCUACACAGUGGAGAAAUUCCGGCCGUCAUAGCCGGUUCUUCCAAAACGGCAAGUUCAUCACCCAGUAGCGAGUUAGUGCAAGAGAAACCGAAGGAAGUUCCACUCAAAUUCUCUCCAGUAAAAGCAAAAGGUGCCACUGUCGAAUCCCCCUUAGCGAAAACCACGGAUAAUACGUUCGACAAACCUUUGGUCAACAAACGGAUGCCACCGGGUACGUCCAAGCUGGCAAUGGAAAGCUACACGGCACCGCCACCGAACGCACCUCCGAAGUUCGACCGGCAACUGUCUGAGAACCGUGCCAUAAAAAAAAUCCAAGCUACACUGCAGAGGACAUUCUCCAGGAAGGACCAAUUCCGCGGUUCUGGCGUCUCUAACGAAGCGUUCACCGGUGACGACGGAUUGGAGGAGCCCAAACGUAAGGUUACCCCAGAGCAUAACCUGCAUAAGCUGCUGUUCCAACAGAAGGUCCCAUUGGAGAAGUCGCUAUCUAUGCCCGACAUGCAGAACAAAGUCAAGAAACGGGAGCGGAUGAUGGUCUUGCGUGAAUACAUGCGAUCCGAGUCGGAAAGAUCCUUCGACGAGGUCCAAAUCCGUAAGGCGCGCCUCCAAUCGUUAGGACUUGCCUAUCUGAGUCCACAAAAUAAAUCGCUAGCCCAAAGCUUCCGUUACAUGCGCAACAAACCCACCAUCAUAGCCUUCAAGACUCCAAGUCUGGAGAACUGCGAGCCACGUGACUCCACCAACUCGAUGGUCGUCUCGCCCGGAGUGUUCACCCAAAAGGAAGCGGAAGAGGGCAAGAUUGUCCGACGCAACGCAGCCGAUAAACCGGGAGCUACCGACGAGGACAAGCUGCAACGACCAGUCAAUUAUCCCGUCGGGAAACCUUUGGAGAUCUACAUCGACGGCCCUUACGGGGCCCCGUCGAGCCACAUCUUCCAGGCACAGCACGCCAUUCUCAUAGCCACCGGCAUCGGUGUAACUCCUUUCGCAUCCAUUCUGCAGUCCAUCAUGCAUCGGUACUGGAAAGCUCGACACUGCUGCCCACGGUGCAAUUUCCAGUGGACCAGCGAGAUUCCCCCAACCAUUAUGAACCUCCGGAAGGUGGACUUCUUCUGGAUCAACCGAGAUCAACGAUCGUUCGAGUGGUUCGUGAAUUUGCUGUCGCAGCUGGAAAUCGAACAGGCCGAGCUGGGAGGCGCCAUGGAACGAUUCCUCGAGAUGCACAUGUAUAUCACCAGUGCCCUACAGAAAACCGACAUGAAGGCCGUUGGGUUGCAGUUGGCGCUUGAUUUGCUGCAUCAGAAAGAAAAACGUGAUCUCAUUACGGGAUUGAAGACACGCACCAACGCUGGCCGCCCGAACUGGGACAAGGUGUUCAAACAGAUCCAGGAUCAGAAGAAGGGCAAAGUGACCGUAUUCUAUUGUGGCCCACCGCAGCUGGCGAAAACCUUGCGCUACAAGUGCGACCAGUUCGGUUUCCAGUUCCGGAAGGAAGUCUUCUAGUUUUGUGCAUGUUAAAAUGAACUUGGAAUUUAGCGUUUUUCAAUUGUUAUUUAAUUUUGUUUUAUAUUCUUGUAAAUUAUUGCCCUAUGUAUUCGUUAAUCUAACAAUUGUCAUUUGUAAUAAACCCAUUUAAUUUAUUGAUGAAUUCGUUCUUUCAUGCAAAUAAAUCAACUUGAAGCCUUUGA